CGCUGGGUGUGGGGCCUCUGUGGUGGUCCUGAUGUGCCCCAUGCCGCAUUGUCUGUAUCUACAGUCAACACAGAGAGCCGCGGCGUGGGGAUCAAGCAGAGUCAGCUCUCUGUGAGCUCCCACAUUGUGCAAGAGGAUGAACUGUUGAAAGCCGUAAGAAGCAACGAACCAUUGCGUCUAACAUUCACUCUCCACUUGACCGAGAGUACAUCCGUCGAAUGGGAGACCGUGGCGUGGCGUCGCUGUCUAUACAUUCGCGUACCGAGCUGCCUUCUGCCCGAAGGAUCAAAGGAAGGUUUCGUCUCUCUCCUAGAAUACGCCGAGGAGACGUUGCGCUGCACCAAUAUCAUCGUCUGCCUGCGCAAAGACAGAUCGGACCGAGCAAUGCUGGUUCGUACCUUCAUGUUCUUGGGCUUCACGGUCUUGCCGCCAACUCAUGCCUUGGUACCGCCAGGCAGUGACGCUGGCAAUCUCUACAUGCUCUAUGCCAUCGAGUAAUCGGCAAGCAGCUCGGCCCUUCUCAAAUUUAACGCGUGUAAUUGGUUGGAUUCCCUUGUUUUAUUAUCACCAGGUAUUAUCGCCGCGGUCCGAGGUCGAAGGGAAAAAGAUGAUCGGAGGGACCCUGAUGCGUUUCGCCUUCUAUAUUUUUUUAAGUUCUUAUUUAUGCAUAGUGCUAAAACCAAUUGACAAUUUUAUUUUUUGCAAAAUUGAUGGAAUUGUUGCUCUCGGUAGUAACGUGAAGCAUUACCUUAGCGUUAAAUUUAAGGGGCAUGACAGAGAAAAAAGCAGAAAAACAUAGUCGCGAAUACGUAGAACGCGUAAAUAACAGGCUUUCGAUGGGUAUAUCGAUUCAUUCUCUUGAAACACAAUGUUAAUAUCUCUCGUAAGAGCAUGUAAGCUGCUGACGAAGCUUCCCACGUGAAGGAAUUUGACGGCAUUUGCCGCUGCAUAUUAACAGUUGUACGUGGUUGGCAAACCGUCAAAUUUUAGAGAAAAUUUAUUAUCGAUAUAUCUCGAUGUUAAUUGUGGCAGAUUGGGUAUCACCGCAUAUUAUUCUUCGUAGUGUAAGUACAUUUCCUUAUUAUUUGUAAGUAUUAUCGAUAUGUGUAUAACUUAGAUUUAAUAUCCGUUGUGCGAACACCGUUGGGAAACCCGUUCAUUUCAUUUUAUGAACGCUUUUCAUCCUUUCACCUGAAAGUUGCAUUAUUUGAAGGACCAAUUGACUGACAUUUUUUUAUAAGAAGCAAUUGAGGAGAUAUAAUUAUUUUCUCCUUACUUUCGUAGUUCGGUUCGUGUAAAGUAAAAAGUCAAAAGUGAUAAAAUAAUAGUAGCUAUUUGCACAGCGAGUUCAUUUUUGGAAGAGGCUGAAACUGUAAAAGUUUUUAUUGCCUUAGUAUGUUGAUGGACCAGCUGAGUUUAAUUUUCUGAUUCAGACCAACGUUUUCCGCCGAAUAUGAGGAUAGCACAAUUGUGCAAAUCCGAAGCGGAAAUGCUCACUUUAUAAGUAUCACGUUGUUAUGCAUCGUUAAAAGUGCGGAGUAUUCCGAUGUUCCGUCAUAUACUUUUUACCUAGCAAUUCUCAAAAUUGGAAAGGAUUAUUAUAAAUCUUGUUUAUCGUUUAUAAGCGCCCCAUUACGUUAUUAAUCGUUUUUGAUAGUAAGUUCUUAGGUAUAAAUGACAGUACACUUGGUAAUUCCCAAUCAGUUAACAUUGGAGAGAUCUUGCUAAUAAAUGCGUUCUUUAGUGUUGACUCGAUAACGGACAACAUGAAAAAGACGAAAAAUAUAAAAAAAAUAAGAAAAUGAUGAAAAAGAAAAAAAAAUGUUAAUAGCUUAUUAGGUACGUAGAUAAAGAUAAGUACAGAUGACGGACUAUUGUAUGUUAACUUCACGCAAAUAAUUAUCAACUUGCCUCAACUUUGUAAACUGAUAAACAACUCGAUGCGUUUUAUCCCGUCAGUUAGUAUUAUAUAUUCGUACAUUUGACCACACAGAUAUACACCACACACACACACACACACACACAAAUACACGUGAAAAAUUAAUAUGUAUACUACGUUUCUUAUUCAUACAUGAAGACGUAACUUGCUAAAUAAACAUUUAAUAAAACCCUA